AUGACCCAGUGUACCGCCUCCGCUUCUGACGUGGCGUCUAAAGAUUGGUCUAUCCAUCUUCCUGAAUUUUUCGCAGUUUCAUUACAAGUUUUGCAUCUCGAGGAUUACGCGCUUGACGACGAAAACGUAGCGGUGGGUGGCUGUAACCGAGUCCGGUCACGAUGGUUCGUUCAACAGUCGAGGCAUUUCCUCUGCACCUCCAAAGAAGCAGUAGAUCGAAUUAUCGCUGGUAUUGAAUGUCGAGUACUUCUUAGAAUGAGUAUCAAGUACUUCGAAUCUCAGUCUGUAAUGAACACUUGUUCCGAGGGUGAGAAGACGGCGACGUCUUGCAGGCACGUAAUAGACAGGGAGGGAAUAAUCAAUAUUUCAAGAAGGGCCCCAGGCUUGCUUCACCCCUGUCUCCAGAGACCACUGCGUUUGGAAUACCGAACACUUUUUAAUAUUGAUAUAAUCGAUUAUGGACAGAAUAAAUCCGACUCGACUGGAAUGGAUUUGAGUAGAGUCUACUUCUAUUGUCCGGACUUCACUGACUGCUCCCGAUGGUGCUUCCCAUUUAAACAGCACGCCGUCCUUUUCGAAAGAUCGCCGUCACCACUUCUAGGUUUGUUCUGGAGCACUCAUCGCGACUUCCGCUUCCAGAUUGUAGAUGGCUCUGACGUUGUUUACGUUGCCACCUGCUACUACGGACGCUUAGCCGCCAUUGUGCGUAUUGUUUUGAAUUUUGAUUUCUUGCGAAAAUUUAUUACCGACGAGUGUUUUUAUAAGAGGUUAUCAUCAGUUAUGAUGGAUGAAAACACUGAAAAUCUUCCUGGCACACCUCCCGAAGUGGCAGAAGCAGCUGGUGCUGUUAACCUGUUACCAGAGAAAUCUCAAAAAUUGUACAAAAUAGCGUACAAUCAAUUCAUGAAGUGGAAACAAGAAAAGAAGAUUACCUCAUUUUCCGAACGGGUGAUAUUAGCAUACUUUGCAGACUUAUCAAGUAAAUACAAAAUUUCUACGCUGUGGACUUAUUACUCCAUGCUACGAAGUACUCUCAACAUCAAUCAUAACAUUAAUAUAGAACAGUACCAUAAAUUAAGAGCAUUCUUAAAGCGUCAAGGAGAAAAUUACCAGCCAAAGAAAGCGAAAACGCUUAGUCCUCAACAAAUAACUAAAUUCAUCACUGAAGCCCCUGAUGUAAAAUAUCUAGCAACGAAGGUGGCUUUGAUAAUGGGCAUAAUGGGUGCAUGUAGGACUCAAGAACUGCAUUCAAUGCGAAUUCAAGACAUCAAAGAUUUGAAUUCAGCUUUUUUGGUAACACUGCCCAACACUAAAACAAAGAUUAGAAGAUCUUUCACAGUAACUGAAGAUUACUAUUUAAUAUGCAAAAAGUAUCUUGAUUUACGUCCAGCUGAAGUGCAAUCAGAUGUGUUUUUCCUUAAUUACCAGAAUGGUAAAUGUACUAUGCAGAGAAUAGGUAUCAAUAAAUUUGGUGGUAUGCCGAAAGAAGUUGCAGCAUAUUUGGGGCUCCCAAAUCCAGAAUUAUUUACUGGACACUCUUUUCGUAGAUCCUCGGCUACUUUAUUGGUGGAUGGUGGAGGGGACAUAACCGAUUUAAAACGCCACGGAGGAUGGAAAAGCUUCUCCGUGGCAGAGGGCUACAUAGAUAACAGUGUGAAAUACAAACUAGAAACAUCAAAGAAAAUUUUUAAACAGGUGAAUCCCUCGUCAACACCAUGUACAUCAAUUCGAGCUCCUGUAAUGGCAGAAAACUGUGAAAACAUAGAGGAGUAUGCUGCUGUAAACUGCGAUAAUGUUGUGAUGAAUCCAUCUCCCCCAUGUACAUCAAGUGAAACUAAUUGUGGUUUAAGAGAAACUAGUAAUUUUGUUAAAAAUUCCCAUUCCCUCAGUAGUAAUGUCAGUGUUGACAUGAAAGGUGAGCAACAUAAUUUGCAAUCGAGUCAUCCUUGGAACUGA